UCUAAAGUCUGUCAGAGACUACAGACACAGAGAGAGAGCAGGAUGCCACAGUGGAGAGGACUGAUGGAGCACAGGGGGGAGAGAAACCGGGCCCUGUUAGUGUCCGUGGCUCAGUUUGACCCCGGGGUGACCCUGAAGAACAGACCCGGAGCCAACAAGGACACAAAGAAGCUGCACAACGUCCUCAGCAAGCUCAGCUUCAAGGUGAAGAUCCACAACGACCUGAGUGCAGACGAGAUCGACCAGCUGUUUCUUAAAGAGAGCAGGCGGCCUGUGAACGACUGUUUCCUCGCCGUCUUGUCGUCUCACGGCGAGGAGGGCUGCGUGUUUGGGGCCGAUGGGAAACCGGUCCAACUGUCAAAGAUCUUCUCCCACUUUGACAACGGAUGCAUGGAGACGAAGGCCAAGCUGUUCCUCAUACAGGCGUGUCGGGGUGGCGCUCUGGAUGACGGCGUGGAGGUGGAUUCAGCAGGUGACAGCUUCUCUCAGCAGCUCUGUGUUCCUGUAGAUACAGCUGCGAUGUACGCCACAGCUCCAGGUUAUGGAGCGUUCAUGCACCCGCUCGGCUCCGUCUUCCUGCAGACUUUCUGCACUUUACUGAAGGAGGAGGGGAAUCGUAACCUGGAGCUGACCCGCCUCCUGACCCGCCUCUCUCACAGAGUCGCCUACACCUUCCAGGCCAAAGGUUGCGUCCUGGGCGGGAAGAAAGAGAUGCCGUGCCUUGUGACGCGACUGACCAGAGAAGUGUUCCCAUUCGCCGAGCCAGGGAAAGAAGGCGGGGCCGUAGCAGGGCUGCAACCCUGACUCCUCGGGGCCAUG